CGGGAUGCGGCCACGCACGUUUUCACUGGAGAGAGAUGAGCCCACUGCUGUGCUGUGCUGACUGCCCACCCCGGUCCACCGGUGUUUCUCCACCAACUUUACCCGGGCACCACGGCACCGCCACCGCCACCAACACUAGCCCGUGAUUCAUCAACCGACCCCGACCGUAAAAAAACACUUCAUUUUACGAAAUCCAAGGCAAACGCUCUCGUUCUGUGGAAUUUAAAUCCACAAAAAAUAAGGCCAGAUCGAUAAAUUUCAUAAAGCGAGAUGCUCCGAGAAACUAGAAUUUUUGUACAUCAUCGAAUCUUCUAUUCGCGCGUCCGUCCCUCUCCCUCCCCUCAUGCGCUCGCGACGGACUCUCAUGCCGCCGCCGCCGCCGCCACUCUAGCGCCCACCAACGCCAAAUCCCUCCGCCCGAGUGCGACCCAUGACCGCCGGAAUGGGUUGGUCCGAUCAUCCUCCAGCCCUUUCCUCGACGAUGCGGCGAUCGGGAAGGUGAACUGCGCCUGCGCGGCGUGGAUACGGCGGCGGGCCGACCGGCGUCUCCCGCCUCCUCGUGGCGUUCGGAUGCGGCGCCACGGCCUCUUCCCCGCACCGCAGCCCGUCGACCUCCUCAAGUUCGAUGACAAGGCAUCUGCACUCGCCUCCGAAUCUGAGCCCCUGGCGAGGGUCACCGUGGGCGAGGAGGCAGUGGACACGCUGCGCCUGCGCCCGAUCGCCGUGCACCCCAGCGGCCGGGAGCUCAUCUGUGCAAGUGUGCAACCACCAAAGGGUGCAGGUCCAAGAAUUGGAGAUUUCCAAGUUCUGUGAGCUGAAGUGGAAUAGAACCAGAGAACAUAUAAUACCACAACAAGAGAUAUGACAAAUCUUGCAGCUUGUCUGAAAUCCAUGCUGGCAACUCUCUAGCAAAGGUGUUGUGGGCAAGAUCAAGAACAGUCAACUAUGGGCUGUGUUGCAAGAGUUCAAGAAAAUUGCCAGAUAGGUUGUUUCUGUACAAUAUCAGAACUGACAGUUGAGUGAGCGCGGACUCUGUAAUGGGUUUCAAAUUUCGCUUAAUAUCUUUUGUUUUCGAACACAGGGGAAGUUGUCCCACCAGAAGGUUUUCUGAAAGAUCCAACACUUGCAGAUGUUGUAGUUGACAAAAGUAUGUUGGGAUGGUUCCGUUGAUACGAUUCACAUUCAGUACCAUUUCUGUAAGCAUUGGAGCCCCAAAUUUUAUCGGAAAAGGUCCUGACAAAGAGUUCUUGGAGAUUUUAAAUAACUGUAAACUUUGUGGUAACUUUGGCAGCCGACCUGUUAAGUUAUUUGAGCUGAGGUCAAGCAUUUGCAAUGAAGACAGAAGUUCCAAUGUCUUUGGCAGACCACCUUUUAUUUGAUUACUGCAGAUGUUCAAAUAUUUAGUGUGUGCAAAUACUCUGCAAAACCAAUCAGGGAGAUGAUCAGCUAUGCCUGCAUCCGAAAUAUCAAGAUAGGUGACACUGCUUUGCCCCUUGAGCCACCUGGGAAUUUGAGGUCCUAUCUUGCUACUGGCAAAAGAAGCAUACUGCAGGCUAAAAUGUUGGGGACCAAUUUGAACUGAUGUGUACUGGGUUGUAAGAUAAGUCCAGAUACUCCAGGUUUUCCAAAUUUGCAAGAUGGUCUCUUGAUACAGAACCAUUUAAGUGGUUGUUGUCCAGGUACAAUCUUUUCAGAUUAGCCAGCAUACCAAUUUCUAGAGAUCUGGUAUCGAUCCAGAAGCUUAUUAUCACUCAAAUUUCUCCACUCAUCUAUCAAGUUUGGAAUCGGCCCAACCCAAUAGGCUAUCCUUUGGUGCGUCGCGAGAAGGCCGGACGGCCCGGAUAGAAAGCAGGCCAGGCCACCUGGGCCUGGGGAAAAAGGAAGCAAAACGCUCGUGGCCCGGCGAUGGUGCCGUGGUGUCAUGUGGUCCUUUUCGUUGCGUUGCUGGGAGGGGAGCGGCGGGCGGGCGGGCGGCCGCAAAGUGGGCACGCACUCGUCGUCGUCCAUGCUCCCGUUCCGGCGGGCACGCCGCCCGCGGCCGCCGGGCGCAGCGUUAUUAUUAGGUGGCCAGCACAGCACAGCGCGGGUCAGAGACAACCGACGCCGACGCGUGCGUGCGUGCGUGCAUGAUGCAGCCGACCGAGGAACCGUAUCGCUGAGACGGCGACCUUUGUCCGAUCCCUGGCGUAAGUGUCUCGUCGACCUACCGUUUGGGUUAAGCUGUCAAGCCGCUAAUAAUAAUGCCACUCUGUAU